AUGGACACCACUGACCUCAGCGCUAAGCGUCCUCGGACUGUCCAGCACCCAGCUGUGGAGGAGGCCGUCGCCUUCUGGGUCUUGCAGUGCCAGCACCGUGGGGUCGCUCUCACUGGAGAUCUCAUACGGGCCAAGGCUCAGACCUUUGCGGGAUCAAUGGGCGUCUCGGAGGAAAACAUCAGCUUUUCGCAUGGGUGGCUCCACAAAUUCCAGCAACGCCACAAACUGCGAGCUGUCCGCAUUCAUGGCGAGAGUGGCUCAGCAGAUAUGGGCGCUCUAGAGGAGGCUCUUCCACACUUCAAGGCCGUGGUUGCUGGUUAUGCGCCACGUCACGUGUACAACAUGGACGAAACUGGUUUGUUCUACAGUAUGACGCCCGACAAAACGAUCGCCCAGCAAGAGGUCGAAGGGUUUAAAAAAGACAAGACGCGCAUCACAGUUGCUCUCACGGCAAACGCUGAUGGAUCCGACAAACUCCCGCCGGGGUUCAUUGGACACGCCAAAAAGCCGCGGUGUUUUGAGCGCAAGGCAGCUGAGCGACUGGUCUUUCUCUACCGCAACAACAAGAAAGCCUGGAUGACUGGCAUACUCUUCCAGGAAUGGCUGUGA